AUGAUAGAUCCAGUAGAUAAGGACAUAUCCACGCUCAGGUCCACAGUGAAAGAGAACUUGAGAAAAAGUCUUGUUGCGAAAGAAAGAGUUACGACAAGUCCUUUGAUGGGUUUUGUCGGUACGGACGGAUAUUAUGAUCAAGAUGUUGGAGUUUUUGAGUUAAAACCGAGAGAUGUGACUCCAUUGGAGUCAAAAAAGAGAAGACAAACUGCCCAGGAGGCAUUGGUUACGGAGAAAGAACCCUCUCCUAAGGAGAAAGAGGCAUCAAGGGACCAUGUUCAACCGGUCACAUGGGACCAUGUAACAUGGUCACACGGAAAUGUCCCCGAAGAAGAUGCUGAAGAAAAUGAUAGGGACGAUGAUGCUGGUAGUGACGAUGAGAACACGGAAAAAGAGGAUGACGCCGAUGGUGAUGAGGGUGAGGCAACCGAAGAAGAUUCUGAAGAGGAUGACGCCGAUGGUGAUGACGCCGAUAGCGACGAGGGUGAGGGAACCAAAGAGGAUGAGACAACCGAUGAAUCUUCUAACAAAGAAUCAGCUCCUAAACUCAAUGCAGAUACAGAUAUGUCUGUCCCCCCUUGA